UUUACUAACCCCCUCUUUCCUCAAAAAUGCUCUACUUCAAGUGCCCAUAUCUUCCAAUUGAACAAGCUUUAUUCACCCUAAGCAGAAUCAAUGAAAAUGGGUAUUUCAAAAGCUAUCCAAACCUGUUGAUUUUCUCUACAAGUUACGCAGAUUUCCCACUCACCUUAGUAACCUUACAAUUGUUGCCUCAAUUCUUCACCCAAUACAAUUGCAAUACCCUUUAUCACUACAACGUCCAUAUUGAUCAUCUUUACAGACUCUUUAAAACUGCAAGAACCAAGAUGCUAUUCCAAUCCUUUGACUUCAAACUUAUUGAUGGUCGCAAAUCAAAGAAAGAAGGUGUCAUUACCUUUUUCAGUGAUAAGAGAGAUUCCUUAAUGUCAAAUGUACGUACAUUAGAUAAACUUCCUCUUGAUACGCAAGAUAUUCCCUCAAUUCAAUAUGAUGCAUUCUUCACUAUGGAAACAGAACUAUUCAAAACCCUUAUACGUGAUUUAAAUGAUCAUACAGCUAGGGUUACUGUGGCACGUUCAUCUGUGAGAUUCACUUCUAGUAAAUUGUUGAAUAUUGGAUUUACUAAACAAUCUAGGAAUUGUAUAAUCGGAGGCAUUAAAAAAGUGAAAGAUGAAAUGAAAUUUACAAUCACUUUCAGGCCGGUUCCGUUCUUCGAUAGCUUCUCAACAAAAAGGGUUUGGUUCUUUAGACCAAGUUUGAGUAAUUGCAUGGCAAUGGUUUCUCCUGUUAAUCUUCAUUCUGAGAUUACUUCCUAUUUUGUCUAAAUCUGUAGCCAAUAAUAACAAUGGCAAAUUAGCAUUCAAUUCUCCUAAAACCCUACUUAGUAGUACUCUACAAAAACCAUUAAUAUCAUUUUCACUUUCUUUUC